CCAGUGGUGUGGGCUGAGAAUCGUGUGUGCGGAGGCCGCCGGGCGGGGGCGCUCGGCAGGCCUCGGGCGGCUUCGAAAGCCUAGCAGCCGCAGCCGCCGACCUCUGGGGCCUGGAUUUACCUCACAAAAGAGUACUUCAUUGUGAGGAAAAUGAGUCAUUCCCCACAGACAUCAGUUACUGGUGUCCCCAAAUCAGAUAGUCCACGCUUGGGAAAAGGUCACAAAGUACAUUUGUCAAAUGCUAUAAAGACAAAGGGAAAACAACAAAAUAAUAAAGAUAUUUCAGCUCACAGGAUACAGAGAGUGUGGUUAUCUCAUCUUGACAAAUCAAUGUUUCAACUCCUUAAGUGUACAAUUUGUGCAGCGGAACAUCAUGUGACACGUGAAAUUUUGAAGAAAGUGAGCCCUUUUGAGGCUGAGCUUGUUAAAGAUCCUUGCUUGAAGUGUAAAGUUAGAUUCAGAUUUAGUGGCGAAACAUUUCCACCUUUCAUCGUGUUUAAAAUUUUUCUUCAUACUGAAGGCCUUGGUUACAAGUAUUUCAGUGGAAAAAAUUUAUUAAAGCCGUCAAGUGAGGCUGUGGUUGAUGCUUGUAAAAUAAUGGGGAAAAAGAAAUUUUAUCAUCAAAUUAUGGAAGAUGAACGUCUUUUCCAGAAGUUCAAAAUAACUGAUGAAAUAGAUAUUGUCACCCUGAAAGAUUACAUGCAAUAUUCCAGUCUUCUGGAUAAGAUCCCUGCAUCUUCUGGUGGCAGAAAUAACUACUGGCGAAGAUUAAAUCUCGAAAACAUUCCUAGGACAAUGAUAAUGUAUGACAUAGUUUAUUAUGCGGAGUCUGGAAUGAUCUCAAACCGUCUAAAAAAAGAAAUGAAGUAUCUAUUACAAAGACCAAAAACAGAAGAGAUGCGUCAGCACCAGCUACAGAUUGUUUCUCAAGUUAGGUGCCCUUCAUCCUUAUCAAGUCUUCAACCUUUAUAUCGGCCCUACCAACAGCAAAGUCAAAUUAAACACCUGGGACGUCGAUCCGAGCAAGCUCAAAUGAAAGUUGAAAAAAUGAAAAAAGCUUAUAAGAUGGCUAAAGAAAAAAUUGCUUCUGCGGGAACUCAACUGAAAAUGGACACACCGGGUACAAAGCAAAACGAGACGAUGGUCUUCUCCACCCCAUUCUUUGACAUUGUAAAAGUUAAUGAGCUCAUGUCAGAUGACGAAUUGGAAGAAGAGGAAAAGGAAUUAUUUGCCUGGUGUCAAGACUUGUAUAUUAAUAAUUCUCCAUCAUGUUAAAGCACAGCUAAUUGACAGAAAACCAGGUUAUUCAACAACCUGCUUGUCUGUCUAUAAAUGAUGAGUAUAUGCGUUAAAGGAAAACAAAACAUAAACAAGCACUCAGUAUGCUCUCUUAACCAAAUGUGUGACAGAUUUUAAAGCCCUUUUAGUAUUAC